CGCGGCGGUGCGGCCCGCGGGGGAAGGGGAGCGAGGCGAGAGCGCGGGCCUGAACUUGCCGUCCAGUAAAUGAAAUUAUUUUUACAGGUUCUUGCGUGUGCGGCGGCUGCCGCCGAAGCCUGCGGACGUUGAACGCCGAGAAGCGAGGGAGCAGGGACCGUUGAAAGUGGGCUCUGCGCCUACGUGCCUUAAAUACCAUUGUUUUAGAGAGCGUGUGCCCCUCUGCCAGCUGUUCAGAGGGAGAAAGAAAAGGAAGGUCCUUCUACCCUUUGCACUGCUGUUCAAGGGUUAGGCAUUAUGCUGCUCGAAGUGUUCCUGGUUCUGGGGACAGUCAUCAUCUACUUCUUACUUUCCAAGAAGAAAGAAGAGACAUUACCCUUCAAAGAGGGAUGGUGGGGCAGGGGACAAAAGCCUGACACUGAAGAAGAUACAACUAUUCGGCCAUUUAAGGUGGAAACUACAGAAGAAGAGCUGAGCGACUUAUUUAGAAGACUUGACCAGGCUCGAUUCGCUGAGCCCCUGGAGAACAGUUGCUUCCACUAUGGGACUAACUCAGUGUAUCUCAGGAAGGUUGUCUCCUACUGGAAAAACCAGUUCAAUUGGAAGAAACAAGUUGAAGUCCUUAACAAGUACCCGCAAUUCAAAACUAAGAUUCAAGGCAUUGAUAUCCAUUUUGUUCACGUAAAGCCACCUCAUUUGCCUGAAGGCCAGUCUGCAAAGCCAUUAUUAAUGGUUCAUGGUUGGCCUGGCUCAUUUUACGAGUUUUACAAAAUUAUCCCUCUCCUGACGGAUCCUGCAAGCCAUGGCCUCAGUGAUGAACACGUUUUUGAAGUUAUUUGCCCAUCUAUCCCUGGUUAUGGUUUCUCCGAAGCACCACACAAAAAAGACUUUGAUUCUGUAAGUGCUGCUUCUGUUUUUUAUGAAUUGAUGGUCAGACUGGGAUUCAAGGACUUCUACACACAAGGUGGUGACUGGGGCUGGCUCAUCUGCACCAAUCUGGCCCAGAUUGCUCCCAACCAUGUGAAAGGUCUCCAUUUAAAUCUAGCCUCAGUUACGAAGAUGGGAUUCUUUCACCUGCUCUCCGUGCUGCUGGGCCGCUAUCUUCCAGGGCUCUUCGGUUUCCAGGACGAAGAUGUUAGGCGGAUGUUUCCCUUCUUGAAAAAAGGGCUCUACAGGAUCUUGCUGGAGUCUGGCUAUGCUCACAUACAGGCUACAAAGCCUGAUACUGUUGGCUGUGGUUUGAACGACUCUCCUGUAGGACUGGCCGCAUACAUCUUGGAGAAGUUUUCUACAUGGACUGAUCUGGAAUUCCGUAAUUUAGAGGAUGGAGGACUAGGGAGGAAGUUCAACCUGGAUGAUCUGCUCACCAAUAUCAUGAUCUACUGGGUGUCAGGCUCCAUAGUCUCCUCAAUGCGUUUUUACAAGGAAAAUUUGCAGAAGGGGAUAGGCACACAGAAACAUGAAAGGCUCACAGUACAAGUACCUACUGGCAUUGCCUCCUUCCCUAAUGAAGUCAUGCACACACCCCAGGCUUGGGCCCAGAAGAAAUACACCAACAUAGUUUCCUUCCAUUUCAUGCCUCGAGGUGGCCACUUCGCAGCCUUGGAGGAACCGGAACUUCUUGCUGAAGAUAUUCUGCAGUUUGUUGGGAAAGUAGAGAAAGAGCACCUUUGGAGAAAGGAAGGCGACCAACUCCCCUAACAAACAGCAGGAUAAAUGGUUAUAGCUUAGCACACGUACAGGCUCUACUGAGUCUCCUGUAGUCUGUGUAAUUAGAUCUUAUUCUUGACCAGAUGUGAGAGAGGAGAGCAAGAAAAAUGCAGCGUAUUUCAAUGAGAUACUGCUGCAGGGACCUACUGAUUUUGGGUUGGGUUUAUUUUGUUCAGCUAGGCUAAGAAAGUAGCAUGAAGAUUACUUGGUUAUCUUCUGCCCUGAGCACAAACUUCUAAAAUCUGUUCUGUAUUAUUCCUGACUCUUGCUCUAAAAUUGAAAAAUAGACCUUACAACUAAUAACAUAACUAAUAACAGUUUAAUUGUUAGGAAAGGCUUUUCUUCAUGGCAGCCGUAAAACUCGGUGUAGGUGUGAGGUUCCUCACCUAAAUAAUGGGGAACAGCCACGCAAGACCUAACUUGCAUGAGUGUGUCAGUUAAUCAGCAUCGAUGAUCUACAGUACCUUUAAACUAGCCAGCUUACUGCUGGCUGCCUUUCUCUUCCAGCCUGGGCUGUGAGGAAGCUCAGCUCCCCGUGCCAGGCUCCUGGGGCAGCAACACGGGAGGAGCAGCUGAAACACACGGGUGCCUGUAGCUCCAACCAGGAGGAGGGGUUGGGUGAGAGUGAUUAUAGCCCAAGGUACCUCUGCACUGAAUUUGUACUCUUAACUAAAAUCAGAGCCCUGGAGGGGCUCAAGACACUGUGGCUUUGCACUGCUCCUGCAGCUUAUUGUAAAUACCUGCUCCUAAAGAAUAAAAAUUUGAUUAAUUCAAAAUUAAAAGAAACUUGCAUUAAA